AUUUAUGUCAUAUCUGGCUGAGAAUCGUGAUAAAACUUAUACAAUCUGUGAAUAUAUUUUAAAAGAAAUGGGAACUUUGACAACUUACUUUGCGCUGAUGAUCGCCGCCUGGGGAAUGCAACUACGACCUCGACUUUAUCUUCCCAUGGGUGAAUUGGAACUAACUCUUCAGAUGGCCAACCUGACAUGGGCUUUUAUAGAGGCCAACCUGUAUACCCAAUUCACGAUGCUGAUUCUACUGCUGCCAUCAAAGGUGUUUACAACCCAGAGGCAAAGGAACUACAAAUGGGUCUUCGUGAUGCCCUAUAUACUGCAAUAUAUGACUUGCUUUUGGCGCACUACACAAAAUGUUAAGGAGCUGCUGACUUCACCACCGAUGUUUUUACUGGAGGAUUAUGCGUUAGCACACCUAAAAAUGAGCCUGGUUUUCGGACUGCAGCUGCUGGCAUUGAUAGAAAUCGUUUUUAUUUUAUUUUAUAACCUGAAUAAAGAGCCACAGCAGAUUGCGGACUAAAAAAAGGAAUA